GUGUACACAGCUGCACAUUAUCGACCAUGAAACCACCUACUCGGCUUUAAAUUGGUCCUUACUUUUAAUGUUUAAUUUCCCCCCUCCACUUCUCCUUCUCCUUCUGCUCCAUCUCCAUCUUCGUUUUCUUGUUCUAUUUUCUUCUGCCGGCUGGCACACAAGGAAAUAGUGCAUUGAUUGCAGCCACCAGCUGGCAUGGAGCACAGACUGUGGGUGUCAGAGGAGCAUAGCAGGUCCUGUACAACCUUGAAGAUAAAGAAGGAAUGACAGGUGUCCACUAUAAACAAGGCUGGAGACCCCCCUAAAAAGAUCUCUAGACCUCUGGAGUGCAAACACAGGCUUUGGCUGCCAGAUGCUGGGGAUAAUGGAUAGGACUGCGGAAGGAAAGAUGGAGAGGUGUAUGCAGCCAGCCUCGCAGACAUUCAAGUUGUGGCAGGUCGGUAGAUGAUGAAGUGAUGGAGAUGUUAGGAGGCCGUGGCCAUUGUGAUGCUGGGUGGCUGUUACUCUGGAACUGCCAUCUGCCGAAAAGGGUGCUGUGUAAUGAUAUCCUCAGCCUGAAGGUGGCAGGAGACCCAGUGCUAACCCCUAACUCAGUGUGCCUGAGGCUGGCAGGCCUCAGUAAACGUCAGAUGCGUAUGUGUGUGCGGAGCCCCGAUGUGACAGCCUCCGCUCUGCAGGGGAUCCAGGUGGCCAUCCACGAGUGCCAGCACCAGCUCCGGGACCAGCGCUGGAACUGCUCCUCACUGGAGGGCCUUGGCAAGCUUCCCCACCACAACACCAUCCUCAACAGGGGUUUUCGCGAGAGCGCCUUCUCCCUGGCAUUGUUGGCAGCGGGUGUGGCUCACUCUGUGGCCUCGGCCUGCAGCAUGGGCAAGCUGCAGGGGUGUGGCUGUGAGGCCAAGCGUCGCCAGGACGAUGACAAGAUCCGGCUGAAACUCACACAGCUGCAGCUGCAGACCCUGCAGAAGGGUGGGGUAGGCCUCGGCAUAGCGCGAUCAUUACCCUCAGAGCGAAAUGGUCACCAUGGUGACCUGCCCGCUAACCUGCGCUCCACCCACCACUCCGCCCUGCUCAAGCCUUUACCAGAUGAGCUGAGCUCCAUGCAGGAGACCUGGGAGUGGGGGGGCUGCAGCCAUGACGUCCGUUUUGGGGACCGUUUUUCCAGGGACUGGCUUGACUCCCGCGGGUCUUCAAGAGACAUCCACGCUCGCAUGAGGAUACAUAACAACCGGAUGGGAAGACAGAUAGUGACUGACAACAUGAAGAGGAAGUGCAAAUGUCACGGAACAUCAGGGAGCUGUCAGUUUAAGACCUGCUGGCAUGUGUCUCCAGAGUUCCGGGUUGUGGGUUCUCUGCUCAAGGAAAAGUUCCUGUCCGCCAUCUUUGUCAACUCCCAGAACAAGAACAACGGGGUUUUCAACCCUCGAACAGGAAACAGCGCCAGCGGGGGUUCGGGGGGACUCAACGGAGGUCGUCGUCGAAGCAUGGCCAGAGAGCUGGUGUACUUUGAGAAGUCUCCUGAUUUCUGUGAGCGUGAUGCGUCCGUAGACUCUCCGGGCACACAGGGACGCAUCUGCAACAAAACCAGCUACAGCACAGACAGCUGCAGUUCGCUGUGCUGCGGCCGUGGACACAACAUCCUGAAGCAGACACGCAGCGAGCGCUGCAAUUGCAGGUUCCACUGGUGUUGCUACGUGCUGUGCGAAGAGUGUCGUCUCACGGAGUGGGUCAACGUGUGCAAGUAGGUUCCAGUUCUCCCAGUCCCGACUGCCUUUACCCAUCCAGGACUCAAGAUGGCGAGCCUGUCCCUUCCUCCUGUUGUUGGAGUGCUUGUUUUGCUUCUUGUGUAACUCUCCCAGAGAAUCUGUUUAUCCCCCCCUUUGCUUUUUUUCUGGUCCAUCAUCUGGGAUCUAUUUUCUCUUUGUAGCCGCUGUUAUUCUCAAAAUGCCAAGUCAGAGAUUGAAGAGGUGACUCAUGUCGUUUGUCUUGCCAUAGUCUGUUUAGAUGCUGCCCUCUCAGCCAUGAAAACGUCCUAUACCCCACCUUUUCUAUCCCACAAAACAACGACAAGCAACAACAGAGGACCGUUUCUAUUGCAAUGUCUACAUGCUGACUCAUUUCAUUGUACAGUAGCUGUGUAUUUUAAUGUGUACAUGUAUAUUUGUAAAUGUAUUAUUAAUAUUAUUAUUGUGUUGGA